CCCAUUGUAUGAGCUACUGUCGCGACAUCAAUCCCUAAUCUCUUCAAAAUGGCGGCAGUACAGUCAACAUCGUCGAUUCUCUCCUUCCUACUUCCUCGUCUGUCCGCACCAGCAGCAUCAGCCGCUUCGCGGUCUACGACUCUCUUCUCGAGAUACGCCUCAACUCCGAUUCUCCCUACGAUUGCUUUCGCCAUUCCCGCGUCGAUACGUCUCAAUGUUCCUUCUCUGCUUGGCGAUAUUUGGGAGUCAGUUCUCCGCGCUGUGCCCAAGAAGAAGACAUCCCAUAUGAAGAAGAGGUCGCGCUUCAUGGCCGGCAAAGGGCUGAAGGAUGUUACGGAAAUAAACAAGUGCUCAGCAUGCGGGCAUGUUAAGAGAGCUCAUUUGCUGUGUCCUUACUGCGUUAAAGGUACGCUUAAUGAUAUUUAUAAUUCCGGCGGGUGGAACAAUGCUGAUAUUUCCUACACAGAGAUCCAAGACAUGUUCAAGGCGACGAUGAAGAAGGCAUCUGGGACGACUGGGACGACCAAGUCUGAAUAAGUGCACUGUAUAAUUUGGAGACUGUAAAUUUGAAAUCUCAUGGCAGAGAGAUCUGGCAUUGCAACUGGCGUUAUUCAAGGGCGAUGGGAAAGCGAAGAAUGGUAGUAAUGGCUACAUGCGAUUACCAAUGUGACAAUACUGUAUAAAAUAUAACAAAAGAUUGAUCUCACUAGAUAGAGAUUGAAAUGUUACAAUACGUAUUAACA